AUGCCAAAUCCGAGAUCAGUCCGAAGCAGUCAGCGUUCUGUUCUCGCAUGCACUAAUUGCUCUCGCCGCAAGAUCAAAUGCUCCAAAACUAUUCCCUGCAUCGCAUGCGUGCGCCAGAACAAAGCUGCGCAAUGUCAGCGAGAGCCUGUCGCUGUUGUUUCGAGGCGCUCGGUAGGGCGCUCCAGGGCAUCGACAGCGCUAGAUGACCCGCCACCUGUAAUUGUCCCUGUCCAGGAAGCGGCCAGUCUCGCACAAGUGUCACCAACUUCGAUCGAUGAGGUCGCUACUGUUAACCCUACAGCUGGUAGCAUAGCUACAAGCACCAAUGAAUUCCUACCGCACAUUGAUGAGCGAAUGAUCGAACAGCUUUUGGCUUCGCUAUCGACGCCCGACACUAGGUUGACCAACGAAGCUGCUGCCAUGCUGGAGUUUCUUACCCACGGACGGCGUAAUAUUCUCAACCAAUUUAUUGGACGAGAGUCUGUUUCCACGUCCAUGACCCAGCCUGUUCAAAAGUGGGAUACUUUCCUACCUGUCGGAGAUGCCCGCUCACUGUUAGUGCUUCAUGGCAAGUAUUUGACCUGGAUGCAUAACACGGUUCAUAUGCCCACGUUUCUACGCGAGUUUGAUGAGAAUAUUCUCAAAGUUGAGUGUGACAGAAAUUGGAUAGCUCUGUAUUAUGCUCUUCUCUCCCAAACGCUCUACCACCUCGACAGCGACUACCUGUCAUCUCUACCCCAGCCAAUAACCGUUGACAGCAAAGCGUCGCGAAUCUUGUUUGACAGGAGCAGAGAGAUGCUGUAUAAAGCCGAGUUCAUGGAUAAGCAUAAGCUGACCUCAGUUCAAACAAUCUGUUUGCUGGUUCAGGUUGCUCAUAAUUUUGACAAGUCUGACCUUAUUUGUGUUCUCGUUUCCGCUGCUAUUCGCAUCGCUCAAUGCCUGAACCUCCAUAGACUGGGAUUCGAUGACCCUGGUGCCGAUGUCAAUGAGGUCAUCGACCGCGAAGUGCGAAAGCGAAUUUGGUGGUUUCUCGUGCGGUACGACUGGCUACAGAUCCCGUUCCAAAACACAUGCCAGAUUCAUUAUUCACAAUUCAACACCCCGAUGCCCGCCAACUGUCAUGACGAUGAAGAGCGCAUGAUAAAAGAUGGCAAAAUUGACGCGCAGCCGGCUGAGAUCAGUACCAUUACCACCUGGACGAAUUGCCUUGCCCAAAUGGCUAUCGUUAUGUGGAGACAUCAUGAUCGCAUGCUAAGAGUUGGCAACUCACAGGCUGGUGAGUUUGAUAGAAAAUAUGAUGAAGUCGUGCGAGCCGACGAGGAGAUCAAGAGCCUGUAUCUCUCAUGGUCUGAUACGUUACGAGACGUCAAUACUACACCAAGCGACAAUCUCGCAAUCGAUGGUCUGCCUACAGCCCUAAUGCCAGCAAUGCUUCUCAUGAGUAUCGCUCAGAAAAUCUUUACUGUUCAUCGCCAAUUCCAACUAUCAUGCUUUCGCGACAGGCGAUACGCGUUUUCUCAGUUGUCGUGUGUGACGAUAGCAGAACGAAGCAUCGAAGCAUUCCAGAGAUGGUCCGAUUGUGUUGAGGCACGCAUAUGUCGCAGAAUGUGGACUACGCUGUCGUACAUGAUCAGCUGCUCAAUCACUCUCCUUCUUGCUUUACUCUUCAAGGCUCAGAAUGCCCUCACGCAUGACUGGGAGAGGCUACGAGCUUAUGUCGAGUACGGUAAAGCGUUUAUUGGUAAGGAAGCACAGGCGAGCUCGAUCGCCAGGAGAGGAGUUCGGUUACUUGACGCGCUGAUGGAGCUCGAGCGUACAUCGAGGUUCUCAUCGGACAUUGAAGCGGAUAUUGGAGAUACCAUACGUCGCGUUGCAUUAGCUGAUGACGGCGGUGUUGAAGCCAAUUCUGGUGAGGGUUAUCAGAUGGUCUUUCCGUACGGACAAGAUCUUUGGGAGAGUCUGAUGAGGGAUCCUAAUGAGGGUGAACAGAUAUGA